AUGCUUUACCCGCUGUCAUUGCUGCUUAAAGGGACCAUUGUUGCGCCUCCUGAUAAGUUUGGUGAAACACUAUCAGAUGAGCGAGUAAAUGGAGGUGCAUUUGUUGGUGCUGAUGGUGUUCAAUUCCCUCACAAGCUAAUACCUAAUGCAGGGAUGCGUCUUUAUGGUGGUGCACAAUAUCACCGGGCAAUGGCUGAGUUUCAUUUUGUAGUAGGAGGAAUCAAGUGUACUCCAAUCACUCGGGAAGAAAUUGUAAAUGCUUGUGGAGUCGAAGACAUUCAUGAUGGGACAAACUACUCUAGCGGCAAUUCUGUGUUCCUGAUGGUUCUUAAAACGAUUGAAAAAUAUUUACGGGCUACUGGAACUGUAAAUGAGUAUCUAUUUAGCAGCUUCCCGCGACUGAGAGCAACUGAACCAACAACACUUAGCAUUCCACAUCUGCCAAAGGAGAGAGAUGGCUACAAACUGCAGCAGAAUAUUUACUUAGAGGUAAGGGGAAUUACUCUAGAUCUCACUGUUGAAAUUGCAAUCGGUAAAGGAUGUGGCUUUGUUCAACUUGCUGACAGGUCACAUAUCAUACAAAUACCUUUUUGGACAUAA